CAACAACAGCAACAGCAACAACAACAGCAACAGCAACAACAACAGCAACAGCAACAACAACAACAACAACAACAGCCACAACAAAUGAAAAUAUCACAACUUACAUCACAACCCACUUCCUUUACUCGACAACCUUAUACAACCAUUUAUAAUGACCAAGCUAUCAUUCAACAACGUCUCAAUAGACCCAAACUCAAACUUGAUGAUUUUCACAUCUCCCGCACAUUGGGUACUGGCUCCUUUGGCCGCGUUCAUCUUAUUCAAUCAAAAGUCAAUCAUCGUUUUUAUGCCAUGAAAGUACUUAAGAAGACAGAAGUCAUCCGACUUAAACAAGUUGAGCAUACCAACAAUGAAAAGCAUAUUUUAGAAUCUGUAGCUCAUCCAUUUUUAGUGAAUAUGUGGGGGACCUUUCAAGAUUCAAUGAAUCUUUAUAUGGUAAUGGAUUAUGUGCCUGGUGGCGAACUUUUUAGUGUCCUGAGACGAUCACAAAGAUUUCCUGAUCAUGUAGCCAAAUUUUAUGCGGCAGAAGUUAUAUUAGCUAUCGAAUAUUUGCAUGCAAAGGAUAUGAUUUAUAGGGAUUUGAAGCCAGAGAACUUAUUAUUAGAUGCUCAAGGACAUAUUAAAAUUACUGAUUUUGGAUUUGCAAAAUAUGUGCCAGAUAUUACAUGGACAUUGUGCGGUACACCCGAUUAUUUAGCACCAGAAAUCAUUCAAUCAAAAGGAUAUGGUAAAGCAGUUGAUUGGUGGAGUUUAGGUGUACUUAUUUAUGAAAUGUUAGCAGGAUAUCCACCUUUUUUUGAUGAUGAUCAUUUAAAACUCUAUGAAAAAAUUCUAGCAUGUAAAGUGAAAUGGCCUGCCUAUUUUGAUCCAAAUGGAAAAGAUCUACUUAAACGUCUUUUAACACCUGAUCUUACUAAACGCUAUGGUAAUUUAAAAGCAGGAAGUGAUGAUAUUAAACGUCAUAGUUGGUUUACAGGCGUCGACUUUAAUCGUAUAUUAGCGAGACAAAUUCGUGCACCUUAUGUACCUCAAAUAAGAGGUGAAGGAGAUGCAAGUCAUUUUGACAAAUAUCCAGAAACACAAGAACAAUACGGUAUUACUGAGCAACCAGAUCCUUAUAGACAUUUAUUUCCUGAUUUUUAAACAAAGAAAAAAAGUGUAGUGAUUAGUUUUCUCUUUUAGAAAAAAAAAAAAAAAAAAAAGAAAAUAAAA